GCGCUAGGCUCCAACUCGGAUGGCCCCGAGACCUCUCGUGAGCCUGGGACCGCUCCGACGCGUUUAGCAAAAGCCACGCGCCGGGAUUGGAAGGCCAAGACCUCGGGCGGCGGCGACCUCAGGCGGCGGCAGCCGAGGAGCCAGCCGGGGCGCGCUUUCUCCCUGCGGGUCUCAGUAAUGAGGAGACUGAGUUUGUGGUGGUUGCUGAGCAGGGUCUGUCUGCUGCUGCCGCCGCCCUGCGCACUGGUACUGGCCGGGGUGCCCGGCUCCUCCUCGCACCCGCAACCCUGCCAGAUCCUCAAACGCAUCGGACACGCGGUGAGGGUGGGCGCGGUGCACUUGCAACCCUGGACCACGGCCCCGCGCGCCACCAGCCGUGCCCUGGACCGCAGCCGGCCCGAUGCUCAGCGGGAUGAGCCCGAGGCUGGGACUUGGCGGCCCCCGGCGCCCUCGCAGGGCGCACGCUGGUUGGGAAGCACUCUACGUGGCCGUGGUCCACCUGGCUCUCGGAAGCCCAAGGAGAGCUCCGGGGCCGGGGCCGAGACCCUGUGGCCGCGUGACGCUCUCCUCUUCGCUGUGGACAACCUGAACCGCGUGGAAGGGCUGCUGCCCUACAACCUGUCUUUGGAAGUCGUGAUGGCCAUCGAGGCGGGCCUCGGCGAUCUGCCCCUCUUGCCUUUUUCCUCUCCCAGCUCGCCCUGGAGCAGUGACCCGUUCUCCUUUCUGCAGAGUGUGUGCCACACCGUGGUGGUGCAAGGGGUUUCGGCGUUGUUGGCCUUCCCCCAGAGCCAGGGCGAAAUGAUGGAGCUCGACUUGGUCAGCUCAGUCCUGCACAUCCCAGUCAUCAGCAUCGUGCGCCACGAGUUUCCGCGGGAGAGUCAGAAUCCCCUUCACCUGCAACUGAGUUUAGAAAAUUCAUUAAGUUCUGGUGCUGAUGUCACUGUCUCAAUCCUGACCAUGAACAACUGGUACAAUUUUAGCUUGUUGCUAUGCCAGGAAGACUGGAAUAUCACCGACUUCCUCCUCCGUACUCAGAAUAAUUCCAAGUUCCACCUCGGGUCUAUCAUCAACAUCACUGCUAACCUGUCCUCCGUCAGGGAUCUCUUAAGCUCCCUGCAGCUUGAGGGUAUUAAGAACAACACAGCCACAGUGGUGAUGUUUGGCUGCAACAUGGAAAGUAUCCGACAGAUUUUUGAAAUAUCCACUCAGUUUGGAGUAUCGUCCCCUGAGCUUCACUGGGUAUUAGGAGACUCUCAGAAUGUGGAAGAACUGAGGACAGAAGGUCUGCCUUUAGGGCUCAUUGCUCAUGGAAAAACAACGCAGUCUGUCUUUGAGUACUACGUGCAAGAUGCCAUGGAGCUGGUCGCAAGAGCAGUAGCCACAGCCACCAUGAUCCAGCCAGAGCUUGCUCUCAUCCCCAGCACAAUGAACUGUAUGGAUGUGAAAACUACAAAUCUCACUUCUGGACAGUAUUUAUCAAGGUUUCUAGCCAACACCACUUUCAGAGGCCUCAGUGGUUCCAUCAGAGUAAAAGGUUCUACCAUCAUCAGCUCAGAAAACAACUUUUACAUAUGGAACCUGCAGCACGACCCUCUGGGAAAGCCCAUGUGGACUCGCUUAGGCAGCUGGCAGAGGGGUAAGAUUGUCAUGGACUAUGGAAUAUGGCCAGAGCAGUCCCAGAGGCACAAAACCCACUUCCAUCAGCCAAGUAAGCUACAUUUAAGAGUGGUGACCCUCAUUGAACAUCCAUUUGUCUUCACAAGGGAAGUAGAUGAUGAAGGCUUAUGCCCUGCUGGCCAACUCUGUCUAGAUCCUAUGACAAAUGAUUCUUCCAUAUUGGACAGCCUGUAUAGCAGCCUCCAUAGUGGUAAUGAUACAGUGCCGAUCAAAUACAAGAAAUGUUGUUAUGGGUAUUGCAUCGAUCUACUGGAACAGCUAGCAGAAGACAUGAACUUUGACUUUGACCUCUAUAUUGUAGGUGAUGGAAAAUAUGGAGCCUGGAAAAAUGGUCACUGGACCGGGCUGGUGGGUGAUCUCCUGAGUGGCACUGCCCACAUGGCAGUCACUUCCUUCAGCAUCAAUACUGCACGGAGCCAGGUGAUAGAUUUCACCAGCCCUUUCUUUUCCACCAGCUUGGGUAUCUUAGUGAGGACCCGAGACACAGCAGCUCCUAUUGGAGCCUUCAUGUGGCCACUCCACUGGACAAUGUGGCUGGGGAUUUUUGUGGCUUUGCAUAUCACUGCCGUAUUUCUCACUCUGUACGAAUGGAAGAGUCCCUUUGGUAUGACUCCCAAGGGGCGGAAUAGAAGUAAAGUCUUCUCUUUUUCUUCAGCCUUGAAUGUCUGUUAUGCACUUCUGUUUGGUAGAACAGCAGCCAUCAAACCCCCAAAGUGCUGGACUGGAAGAUUUCUUAUGAAUCUUUGGGCCAUUUUCUGUAUGUUUUGCCUUUCUACAUAUACGGCAAACUUGGCCGCUGUCAUGGUUGGUGAGAAGAUCUAUGAAGAACUUUCUGGAAUUCAUGACCCUAAGCUUCAUCAUCCUUCUCAAGGCUUCCGCUUUGGAACUGUCCGGGAAAGCAGUGCUGAAGAUUAUGUGCGGCAAAGCUUCCCAGAGAUGCAUGAAUACAUGAGAAGGUACAACGUCCCAGCCACCCCUGAUGGAGUGCAGCAUCUGAAGAAUGAUCCAGAGAAGCUAGACGCCUUCAUCAUGGACAAAGCACUCUUGGAUUAUGAAGUGUCAAUAGAUGCUGACUGCAAGCUUCUGACUGUGGGGAAGCCAUUUGCCAUCGAAGGAUACGGCAUUGGUCUCCCUCCAAACUCUCCACUGACCUCCAAUAUAUCCGAGCUCAUCAGCCAAUACAAGUCACACGGGUUUAUGGAUGUGCUGCAUGACAAAUGGUACAAGAUGGUUCCCUGCGGCAAGAGAAGUUUUGCUGUCACUGAGACCUUGCAAAUGGGCAUAAAACACUUUUCUGGACUGUUCGUGCUACUGUGUAUCGGGUUUGGUCUGUCUAUCUUGACAACCAUUGGUGAACACAUAGUGUACCGGCUGCUACUACCGCGGAUCAAAAACAAAUCCAGGCUGCAAUACUGGCUGCACACCAGUCAGAGGCUGCACAGAGCAUUAAACACAUCAUUUGCAGAGGAUAAGCAGCAGCGUUUCAAGACCAAACGUGUGGAAAAGAGGUCCAACAUGGGGCCCCGUCAGCUUAUGGUGUGGAAUACUUCUAACCUAAGUCAGGACAACCAGCGGAAACACAUCUUCAGUGAUGAGGGAAGACAAAACCAGCUGGGCAUCCGGACCCACCAGGACAUCCCUCUCCCACCAAGAAGAAGAGAACUCCCUGCCUUGCUGACCACCAAUGGGAAAGCAGAUUCCCUCAAUGUAGCACGGAACUCAGUGGUACAGGAACUCUCAGAGCUGGAGAAGCAGAUCCAGGUGAUACGCCAGGAGCUGCAGUUAGCUGUGCGCAGGAAAACAGAGCUGGAGGAGUAUCACAGGACAAAUCGGACUUGCGAAUCCUAGGUGAUCACAUCACUCCCCUUGCUCACUCAGCUCCUGGCACUGGAGCCCUGGAGACACUUUGUGAUGCUCUUUGGUAAUGACUGAAAAAGGCAUGGGGAAGUAAAGUUCUAGGUCUCCUGGUGGUGAACAAGUGUGCUCAGCUCUUCCCACAAUUGUCCCCAAGUCUCCAGCAUAGGGAUCUGUUCUAUAGUGGGAGCCUGAACUUAUCUGGGAGUAUAAAGUGUGAAAGGGAUGUGUCAACCCCAGCUCCUGUCAACCUCUUCACCAGGUGCCACAGUAUUAUUUCUGGUUUUUAGCCCUUUCUCUGCACUUCAACAAGCGAUAAAAUUAUUGCUCAUAACUGUGUCUUACUGGGUUGGUUUUUAAUCUCACUACAGAACAAUACUGUCAAGGGUUGCAGAUUUGAUAAAACUUCUACUCUGGAUUUGGUCCUACACUGUAAAUGGGAAGCAGGGUAAGAAUCAGAGACUCUAGGGACAGGGCAGAUACUUUAAAAGGAAGCAAACUCAAUCACUACAGGCAAGGACUGAUUAAUCAUGCUACAUGCAUACUAGAAAGGCUGAGGAUCUCUGACCCUAAACCUGACUAACAUUUUGUAGGAACAUGUUUACACAGCAUUAUUACCAGGAAAGGGAUGUAGUGAGUGGGAACAGAGGACAGGCAGCUGGGCAUUAACAAUAUACACAAUGCCUUGGGACAAAAACUCAUGCCAGAAAGACAAUUUGGCGAAGGACUGAAUCCAGUUAUACUUCUAAUCUGAUUAAGCAUCUCCACUAUAGACUAUACUGUGUACCUUUUAUAAAGGAAAGAAAGAAAAGCAAGGUCAUAGCCUUAGGCUUACCCUUGAAUAUCCCUGCUUAAUGCCUGCUAGAGUCCAUGAGUUUCCAUACAUGGGUUAAAGGAAAUGAUCUGUGUACUACAUGUGGAGCUGUUUUCACCUCUGUCAGCCUUAGGAAGUGUAGAAGUCAUCAGGGGAUGCCUACGAACAUCACAAACAGUAUUCUGAAGUCUGCUCUGUGCUUUGCAAUCUCCCAUAUUCACACCCACCCAUAUCUGAGCCCCCUGGUUAACCCUAGGCUCCAUCGUAUGCCACCAAAAGACUAGUAUAAGUAAACAAGCUUCCCCUGUGUUUAGGCAUCCCUUUCCCUGCGUACAGGUAUGUGGCAUGUAGAAAGGAGAACAUGGGAUCUCCAGAUGUUCCCAUAUGUCCCCCAAAUAUUGACUAGGUAAGAAUUCUCCAAGGUCUUCAUCACAGAACUGACAGGACCCUUCCCCAAAAUUAGAGGGAAGGCCUGAAAGUGGGCUCAGAAACCUGAGGCACAUACACGUGUCCAAAGUUACUCUUGGAUAAAUGCGUCACUGUAAGUUUGGCUGUCCCCAGGCAGUGAGAAGUUAGGAGGACCUGUGCGACUUAUUUCUGCACCUUUCACACCCCCACCCCAAUCCGAGGGUGCCUUUUAGGAGAGAUGACUGCUUUCUUCUCAGUACGCACUUCCCCACCCCAUUUAUCUUAAUGUGAUUUGUAAUGUGUGCACUUCACAAUAUUGUACCGAGCAGAUCAUUAAGAAGGUGUCCACCCGCCCCCCCCCACCUUUGGACACAAUGCCUGCACUUCACCAAGAGCUAGUCAGACCCCCAGGGAAUGAUAGCUCCUUAUGCUGUAAUUAAAUCACAUCUGAGCCAUGAAUUAAUUUGCAGAGAAACCCCAGGAGUACACAUAAGUACUGAUGAGGUAGGAGUACUCUAAAAUUAGACUUCAACCUCACUGAGACACAAUUCUACCAGGGCAAGUGAACCCUGAAGACAGAGGACAAAUGCUUUGCAAUACCCUAACCCCUCCCUCAUUGUCACCCAACCCAAAAGCAGGUUAGUGGCUGUGUUUGGAAGGUUAUGACCCAUAGCCCUUCAGCCAUUGCCACUCAUCUACAACAAAGGAUGCCCCAGUUUCUGCCACCAUGCUCUGGGCACCCUAGGACACCUGUGCAGCCCACAAGGCCAAUGUUACAGGUGUACUUUGACUCACAUGAGAGCCAUGCUCCUAUUGUGCACAGACAUUUUUUGUAACUCAAUUCAUUCUGACUGUACUUGAGAAGCUCACUAUUUAAAGGAACCCAGAGGUGAAUUCUUUUUGUAAAAAAAAAGAAACAAAAACAAAAACAAAAUCCCUUUUGUAAUGCAAUUAACUGUCCCUUAAUGUAUCUGUUUUGUAACUUUGGAUUUUUGUAUAUCCAGUUGACUUCAAGCUUCUCCGCUGAGGCAUUCUGUGCAGUGGUGAGCACACGUCAGAUCUCCCUGCCUAUUCAGAGCAAGCUGUGCACACUCCUGUCUUCUAAGGAGUGUCUUGGCCAAAACUGUGGCCAGGAUGCAGCAAGCAACAGCAGGAGUAAAGGCAGGCUUACCGCUGUCAGCACUGCUCUGAAACACUUCCAUAUCCUGGAUAAGAAAAACAUAAUUGCUUGUGGUAAAAUGAAGCAGUUUUCAUGAUAAGUAGCAUUUUUUUUAAUGGUAGUAAUUGAACAGUGUUUUGCAAUUUGUGAAACAGUGUGCUGUGUUUUGUACAAAGAUUUUAUGAAAGGGUGGGUACUUCAAAACCUUUCUGUUCUGUCCACCUCUGUCCUCUCAACUACCCCUCAGGCUCAAAAACCCCACCAAGGUAAAGCCUUCAGAUAGAGGGUGGUUGGAAAGAGCUAAAGGAUGCUGCCUUGCUUCUUCCAGGCUCCCAUUUCAUGAGAUCAGGAAAGCCUCCACUCUCGUCCACAUUCUGGCGCUGGGAGAAGUGGAAUAUUACAAGCUGAGUGCCACACUGAGCCCGUUCUCCAAAGGGAACGGCUGGGCAAGCUGAACAAGUGUGGCUACUUGGUUUGCUUGAAUAAGAAAGUAAGGGCCCUCAGCCUGUAUGCUGCAGGUAGAAGAAAAAGGAUAUUCCUCCAGCAAAUAGAAUUAGUUUAAAGAAUGACUGUGAUAGGCAAGUGAAGCAGCCAGAGGGACCAAUAAGUUGAGGUCUAAUAUACCUGGACAUGAUUUUCCAUUAUUCAUGUAUUUAGCACAAACUCCAUACAGGAGCUGCCACUUCCAUUCCACCCUGAGAAGCAGUAAUGAACAAGAGCCAAAGGAACAAAGCUAUAUGGUCAAGGAGACGGACUUCUCAGCAUUGCUGUUGAGUCUGACAGAGCAUUGGAUUAAGUGGAGCACUCUCUUGGGUGGACAAAGAAGGGACAAGAAACCACUCCCGAGCCUUUCCCACUCAACACAUUUUAAAAAGCCAAUCACAAAACCCACCCAUUAUCAGAAGAAACUGCUCUCUAGUCACUAAAACCGCCUCAUACCCUACCCUUUUCAGCUACUCCUUUCUUGGCCCACCCAAACCAUCCACUAAGAGAGGACUCCCUCAGUCCUUUUUUAGUUAAUAAUCAUUUUAUGAAAAACAAUGUAUUUAUAAGUAUUUUCUUAAGGUUUGUGAAGAGUAUCUGCAUUGUGUCUUCAUUUCAAUGUGUUUGCAAGUGCUCCGCUCCAAGAACUGAAAUGCUGUCUUGUGAGCAUGAUGUAAACAGGCUGUUUUGCUCAGCCACCUUUCUUGUAUAACACGUUGAUGGACUAGAUGUCCUCAGGUCUUUUCCAUCUUCGGUUUCUAUGACUGUGAAAUAAAUGUUCAGACAGAACUUCA